CCGGAAGCUCUCGCGCGCGGUUGGCGGAGCUCUGGUGGGCCUUCGAGCUAGGUCUCCGCGGCGCGCCGGAGGCGUGGAGGCCCUUCCCUGCGGCUGUCGUGCUAGCUCAAGUCCUCCGGGUUUAGAGAGGCUUGGACCUUAGUCUGCGGAAUCGGUGGCAUCCCCCCGGCCUUCAACGCUCUUGGGGAGAGGAGGGCGCUCGUCUGCUAGGCCUCAGGCGGCGGCUGGAGCACCUCCGCCUCCCCGGACCUCCCUUUCUGCCUCCACCUUCCUGCCUCGCCGAUGACGGACGAAAAGUUCACUUGGAAUUUUGAUUCACCGAGUGACCUUGAGCUCAGGGAGACGCCUAAUUUGUAGUUCUUGGCUGCACUGGGCUAUUCAGGAGCUUUGUGAGAAUUUCAGUAUAUGGAAACACCGCCCUUGUUCCAACUGGUGUAUAUCCAAAGGUCCCCGUAUAAUUCCAGGACCAAAGUAUUGCAUGUCAGUCAGUCAGCCAGCCACAUAUUUAAUGACUUCUAAAAUCUCAUGGACUUCUAAAGAAGCACCAUGGCAUGUGCUGCUGUUAUGAUUCAUGGCUUGUUGCGAAGCUCUCUUGGUACCGUCUGCACUCAGGCUGCUUCACGGCGGAGGUUGACAUCCAGUGCUUUGCGCCACCUUACUCUAACGAGCAUAAUGAAAUCCAAAAGGAAAACUGAUCACUUGGAGAGAACCGCAAAUGUCAGUCGACGGGAGGUCGUGUCGACCGCUAAGGUGUGUGGGGCUGCUGCUGAGUCGCCAUCCGUGAAGAGGCUCCAACUGCUUGUUGCUGAUAAAGAUUUUUCUUUUAAAGCCGGUCAAUGGGUUGAUUUCUUUAUCCCAGGAGUCUCUGUUGUUGGUGGGUUCUCAAUAUGCUCCAGCCCCAGACUGCUAGAACAAGAGAGAAUUAUAGAAUUGGCAGUGAAAUAUGCGAACCACCCCCCUGCUCUCUGGAUUCACAAUCAGUGUACACUUGACUCUGAAGUGGCGGUGAGAGUGGGUGGAGAGUUCUUCUUUGACCCUCAGCCUGCAGACGCCUCUAGAAACUUGGUGUUGAUUGCGGGGGGAGUCGGAAUUAACCCUCUGCUUUCCAUCCUGCGGCAUGCGGCAGACCUCCACAGAGACCGGGUGAACAAAGGAAGUGGCUAUGAGGUUGGAACAAUAAAGCUCUUCUACAGUGCAAAAAACACCAGUGAGCUCCUGUUUAAGCAAAAUAUCCUCGAUUUAGUAAAUGAAUUUCCUGAGAAGAUUGCGUGCAGUUUGCAUGUUACCAAACAGACUACACAAAUCAGUGCAGAACUCCAGCCGUACCUCACGGAAGGAAGAAUAACGGAGAAGGAGAUAAGAGAUCAUAUUUCAAAAGAGACUUUGUUCUAUAUUUGUGGCCCACCUCCAAUGACAGACUUUUUCUCCAAGCAACUGGAAAACAGCCACGUUCCCAAAGAACACAUUUGCUUUGAGAAGUGGUGGUAGGGAGCGGACAGAGGCUGAACUAAGUGACCAGCUGGAGCAUCAAAGAAAAACCAGCUGACAGACUUCAAUGACAAACGUUUUGCAAAGACUUCAUUGAGCAAAUUAGUUUUGCUAUAUUGAUCUUCUUUUAUUAAUAACUAUUUGAUUAUACAUCUUGAAUUGGUCAGUAUAGGUGUUCUAUCCCCUUAGGGACAAAAGAGACUAUACUUUAACUUAAUCACAUGCAAAUGUUCUGUGUGUAAGAUAAAGGCUAUCUUUAUUUGGUAGCAACCUAUGUAUCUUAUAUCCAGUAAACUUAUAAUUUAAACACAUUCUUAUUAAUCUUAUCUUGAAAAUUCUGUAUAUUUAAGGUCUAAGUUCAGCUUACUACAGCCUGAAGACUUGCUUCUUCAGACCAUCAAAUUUGGGUUUGGAAAUAGAAAAUUAUUAGGAAAACUUGUUUAGGGAAUUGUUACCUGGUAUGUUCGCUUAGUGUUGAUGAAUGUCCUAAGUAUGUAUCCUGGUGAAUUGUUAGUCUGUCCUCAAAUGAAAUCCUUCCUGUGC